AUGCCGCCAACAACCUCACCAGCUGUUGUCAAGGCGAGUCCUCUCGUCAACGAAGGUGGUCUCGUUCAUCGAAGCAGAGCUCGAGGCUUGCUCAACGCCGACAACCUUCCCGCCCUGCAAAACUUGCUCAAGCGUCAGCCCGAAGCGUAUGUCGAGGAAUUCAGCGCACAAUGGAACCACUACCAGUCGUUGAGAAGCAUCUUUGCUUGCGAGCUCGACGCUGGCAAUCUAGCAGUCGCCUCCACAGCGAUCCGAAUCAACAAGGAUCAGGCGAGCAAGUUUGUGUCGCUCAUCUCGUUUGUUACGCAGUUGGCACCAAGUUAUCCCGAAAUCACUAGCGAUCUUGCCAACCAUCUGUCGGAUCUGCUGUUGAAUCACCAUUCGGCAUUGAGUCCGGAUAUCAGAGCCAGCUGUCUUAGAAGUCUGAUCCUACUACGCAAUCGCGAUGUUAUCAGCUCGGAACAGCUCUUGCAGACGCUCUUCCCGCUGCUCAGCGUCACCACUUCGGCAGCAGUGAGGACUUCGGUUCAAGCGACGAUUCUGCAAGAUAUCAAAAACGCCAACGCGAAAUCCAAAAAUCACCGUCUUAACCGCGUCGUCCAAGGCCUGCUGUUUGGUAUCGUACAGAAGGGCAUCGAUGCCUCUUCCGGUGGCUCUUCGCUACCGCCGCCCAAGAAGGCUCAGUCGGCAGGCAAGACCGAAGCUCUCUGGGCGGUAAGGUUAGCUGCCAACCUGUGGAAGAAGCAGAUCUGGACGGAUAGCAAAACUGUGUCUCUGCUUGCACUUGCGUGUUUCCAUCCACAUCCGCGUGUGCAAUCUUCGGCGGUGCGAUUCUUCCUUGGCGAUCUGCACUCUGCGCAAGACGAUGCCGACUCUUCGGGAUCGGACGACGAAGGUCCUGACGUCGACGCUCUCAUGCAUGCUCGCAAGGUCAACAAAAAGACGCGUUCGGGAGACAAGAAGAUGCGUGCUGCCGCGGCGGUUGCCAAGAAGAAACGCAAAGCCAAAGCGGAAAAUGCGCUCGAGGGUAAUACCAAGGACACGAGUAAUUUGGCUGCGCUGUAUCUGCUCAACGAUGCGCAGAAUUUUGGCGAAAAGCUGUUCGACAACCUCAGCCGUGGCGAUCGCGAGAAACGCCAUACGAUCGAAAUCAAGAUCCGGCUCAUGCAGUUACUCUCGCGCGUUAUGGGUGCGCACAAGCUGUGCGUGCUCAGCUUCUACUCGUACAUUGUCAAGUACCUCGUACCGCACCAGCAGCAUAUCACGCACAUCCUCGUCUCGCUCGCUCAGAGUGUACACGACCAGACGCCGCCAGAUGUGAUCACGCCCGUGGUGCGCAAAUUGUCCGACGCUUUCGUUCACCCCGGUGUCAGCAGCGAGGUCGUCGCAGCGGGCAUCAACAGUAUCCGCGAAAUUUGCCGACGCCAACCCUGGGCCAUGGAAGAGACGCUCCUUGAAGAUCUGAUCAGCUACCGCAAGAGCAAAGACAAGGGUGUCUGUGCGGCAUCACGUGGUCUACUCGCGCUGUACCGCGAGGUGAACCCUGCGAUGCUCAAGAAGAAGGAGCGUGGAAAGAUGGGCUCGCUUGCCGUGCACGAGGGCCGAGCGGCGGCGCCGUUUGGUGUAGACCCGGAGCAGGUGCACGGUAUCCAAGGUAUCGAUCUGCUGGAGAAGCAUCUGGAAGAACAAGAGAAACGAAAAGCUGCCGAUCAAGGUGAACAGCACCAUGACAAGGAUGGCGAAGAGGAGGAGGAUCAAGGAUGGGAAGGGUGGGAGGAGCAAUCGGACGAGUCGGGCGAUGACGAAUCGGAAGAUGGAUGGAUCAACGUUUCCAGUGAUGACGAGGAUGGGGUUUUGCGACUGUCGGAUUCCGAGUCUGACUCUGACGACGAGAUGCGCAAGCACAAGCGUAGUGUCAAGGAGCGUCUCGUCGCUGCACGAGAGAGACGUCAGAAGAAGCGCGCGCAAGUGCAACGUAAAGCUCAACGACAAGCGCUUCGCGAUGCAGGUCAAGUCGACGUAGCCACGUCGGACUCAGAAUCGGAAACGCACGUCUCGGACACACCCGACUCGCAAGCGAACCACGGUGCCCGCACCACGCAACUUGACUCCGAGCUUGCAGCCGAAGAGAACCACAUCUCCAAGCUCGCCACUACGAAAAUCCUGACGCCUGCCGACUUUGCCAAACUCACCGAACUGCGGAUCGCCGCGGCGCAAGACGCCAUCUCGCAAGGCGGUCUCGCAGGCAAUCGAGCCAAACGACAGUUGGAUCAACUCAAAUCGCUCAAACGCUCCACCACCUCUUCCUCGACCCACCUGCUGGAUCAAGCCGACAUCCUCGGUCCACGCAAAAAACAAAAGGCUACCUACCAAGACCGAAUCGACUCGAUCGAAAAAGGCCGUCAAGACCGCGAAAAGUACGGCUCCAAAAAGGGCAAGAAGAACAAAGAAAACGACUCGUCCACCACAAACCGCGAGAAACAAAAGUCGAAAAACUUCCAGAUGAUCGCCAGGAGCUGGUCCGUCAGGAGCAAGAAAAACGCCAGCUUGAGGGAAAAGAGUAGAAGACUAAGAAAGCACGUCGAAACAAGCAAGAAGCGUUUGAAAUGA